AUGUCAUCACAAGAUCACGAGAUUAAACAAGUGGAAAAUGCAUUGUCGACAAUGUACUCCAAUGCACCACGAGAAGAGAAAGCAAAUGCUACUCAUUUCUUGGAAAACUUUCAAAAAUCCAAUGAUGCAUGGCAAAUCACCCAUCAAAUUUUGAGCGAUAAGGAUAAUGUCUCAAACAUGCAGUUGAAGCUUUUUGCUGCACAGACACUAAGAUCUAAGAUUAUUUAUGACUUGUCAUCACAGAUUCAGUCAGAGAAUUAUCAAGCUUUAAAGGCAUCAGUGUUGAACUUGAUCAAAUUGUACAAUGGAAACGGUGACAAGUUGAUUCGUACUCAACUAUCAAUUGCAUUGUCACAACUUGCAUUGCAAUAUUUAACCUGGAAUGAUGCAAUGAAAGAGAUUGUAGCUAACUUGACCCAAUCAUCCGAUUUAACAUUGGUUUUAUUGGAGUUUUUGAAAGUCUUGCCUGAAGAGUUAUCGGAUGUGAAAAAAUCGCAUUUGAGUGAUGAGGAAUACAAUAAAAGAUCACAAGAAUUGAUUACAGAUCAAGUGGAGUCAGUUGUAUUGACAUUGAAGAAUUUUGCUGAAAACAAUGCCAGCAAUGAUCCUAUCUUGAAUGCGGCAAUCUUGGAUGCAUUAAACAGUUGGAUCACAGAGUGCCCUAUUGACAAGAUAUUAUCCGUUCAUCCUUUGACCUCGUUGGUGUUUCAAAGUUUGUCCAAUGAUACAACUUUUGACAAGGCAAUAGAGUGUUUGGUCACCAUUGUUCGUGAAACUCGUGAUAUCGAUAACCACGAAAUAAUUGACGCAUUGUACCAACAAAUAUUACAAUUGAACAAGUUUAUGCAUGAUAAUCCUGAUAAUUUGGAAGAUCCUGAAAAAGUUGACGGGUUGACCAGAUUAUAUGUCGAAUGUGGAGAAUCGUGGAGUUCAUUAAUAGCUAGAAACCCGCAACAUUUUAAACCAUUGGUUGAAAUACUAUUAAAUUGUUGCAAAAAUGACGAUGAUUUGGAUAUUGUCAAGUACACUUUCCAAUUCUGGUACUUGUUAAAACAAUUGAUUGUUUUACCAAAGUUUCAAGAGGCACGUCAGGUUUUGGGCGAUUGCUAUUUUGAACUAAUAUCUAUAAUAAUUAAACAUUUGACAUACCCAAUUACACCAAAUGAUGACGAUCUUUUCAACGGGGAUAAAGAACAAGAGGACAAGUUUAAAGAGUUUCGAUACGAGAUGGGCGAUGUAUUGAAAGAUUGCUGUGCCGUAGUAGGUGCUUCCAAAGCAUUACAAAUUCCAUUUACCCAAAUACAAACAAUUUUGUCCAAUUCGCAAGGACAUUGGCAAUACCUUGAAGCUCCUUUAUUCUCAAUGAGAACAAUGGCUAAAGAAGUAUCAACAAAAGAGAAAACCAUACUUCCAACAAUCAUGUCAUUGUUGGUGCAACUUCCUGAACAUCCCAAAAUAAGAUAUGCUGCCACAUUAGUAUUGGGAAGAUACACCGAAUGGACAGCAAAGAAUCCAGAGUUCUUGGAACCACAAUUGAACUACAUUACAAAGGGGUUUGAAGUGGCCAACAACAACGACAUAUUUAUGGCUACUUCGCAUGCCCUCAUGUACUUUUGUCAAGAUUGUUCUGAAUUAUUGGUGAACUACCUUGAGCAAUUGUAUUUAUUGUAUGGACAAGUAAAAGACAAGAUUGAUCUAGAAUCAAAUUACGAAUUGACUGAUGGUAUUGCCCAUGUUGUUGCAAAAGUUCCGGAGGGGAAUUUGUACAAAAUUUCUGACAUGUUUUUAGAGCCAUCAUUACAAAAAGUUUCUGAGUUGAAUGCUUCAGACAACAUUUCGGAUGAAGUAAAUGCUCAAAUAGCCGAUCAGUUGGAAAUUGUUGUUAUUUUCCUUCAAGUAUUGAAAGUUGACGAGUUUGACAAGCCAACACAUCCAGUGGCUUCGUUGUUUAUUGAAAAGAUUUGGCCAUUGGUAACUUCAAUUUUACAAAAGAGAGCAUCAGUCUUCAAAGUUAGUGAGAAAUGUAUGAAGUUGAUCAAAAUUGCUGUUGAGUCAUUCAGUUCUUAUCUUAAUCCAGUUUUGCCACAGAUAGCCCAGAUACUACACCAAGGAUACAAACAAACUGAAUUCGGUUGUUAUUUGUGGGUUUCAGGGGUUGUCAUUAGAGUUUUUGGAGACGACGAAUACUCAUCAGAAGAAAUUACAUCAGCUGCAUACAAUUUCGGUCUUGAACAGUGCCAAUCAUUCUUUGAGCAAUUCUUUACUAAAGAUGAAGGGCAAGUUAAGCAUAUACCCGACGUCAUUGAAGAUUUUUUCCGGAUGUUGAAUGAUUUGUUGAUGUUUUUCCCGUUCAAGUUGAUUCCUAAUUUGGAUUUACUUGAUUCAAUUAUCAAGACAGCAAAAGUGACAUUGACCGUAAUCAAUGAGUACAAUCCAAUCAUAUCUUGCAUCCACUUCCUCAUUGACUUGAUAUCCUGGGGGUUACCACACCCACCUAUUUCAUUGUUUGAAAGUAAGGAUACUACACCAUUAAGAGAAUGCAUUAAACAUUUUGUCACCGUCAACAACCAUGGAGGUGAAUUGUUGAAAGUUGUAAUGGACGGACUCAUAUUCAAGUUUCAUAUUGACGUACAACAAGAUGCCAGUGACUUGCUUUUGAAGAUCUUGGUUGUGACUCCAUCAACAGAGUUGGCAAUCAGUUGGUUACGUGAUGUGGUGACAAGUUUACCCAAUGUUCAAAGCAACGAGGUUAAUCGCUUGAUUGACACUGUUUCGGUGGCCAUUCCAAAUAAGGAUAAUAGGCGAGUACGUAGUGCUUUGAGAGAUUUCAUUGGCUGGUACUCGAGAAAGAAUGUAACGCCUCGGUCAGAAAUAUGA